CUAUCUUAAUUUAAUAUCUUUUAUAAAUGGAGUAAGAUUAGAAAGUGGAAGAUUUUGUGAUCAAGAAGUCAGAGUUUCUUGGAAAAGGACAAUAUGGUGUUGUCUAUGGAUGCUAUUCAGAGAAAUUGAAGGAUCAAAAAUUAUGUGCCAAAGUUCUCCAAGCCCAAAUUGAGAAGGGCUUGAUCGAUAGAGAAAUCAAAAUCUUAGAGUAACUGAAUAAAGUGGACAAUCCCAAUCUAGUCAAAAUUUAUAGAGUGAUCAAAGAGGAACGACAAAUAUAUAUCGUUAUGGAGAGAUGCACCGGGGGAGAUUUGAAGCAGUUGAUGGACCAAUACCAAUUAUCCAAAAAAUCAUUCACCCUAGAGCAAAUACAAGAUAUUGCUAGACAAAUAAUAUUGGGAUAUAAAUCCUUAUUUGACAUCAAAGUUAUACACAGAGACAUCAAGCCAGCCAACAUUCUUAUUGAAAACAAUGGAAAUGGUUAGAUUAUCGUGAAACUAACUGACUUUGGAAUGGGAAGAAUGCUCGAUGAUAUUACUAAAAAAUAAGUAUUAACAAAAGUAGGUACUCCAGCCUACGCAGCACCUCAAUUGUACUUGGAAGAUCAAUACUCUUCAAAAUGCGACGUCUAUUCUUUGGGAGUCAUCCUCUAUCAAUUAGCCUUCAAUAAUAGAUUGCCAUUCACAGCCAAAACUAUCCCAGAAUUAACUCAAUUCCUCAAAGAUCUUAAAGUAAAACCCUUCCAAUGUCCAGAACUAACACAAGAGGGACCAUAAUAAACUAAGAAAGCAAUCCAAAGUCUCAUCAAUAAAAUGAUGUAAUUCAGCGAAGAAGCAAGACCAGGAUGGGAUGAUCUAUUGAAGAGUGAACUAUUUGAGAUGCCCGCCAAACCAUCUAAUUUUGAUAGCCAAGGUGAAAUGAAGUUGUUGGACUCCAUCUUUUUAUAUCAAUAGCAGUCAGGCUAACAAUAAUACUUCAACGAGGUCAAAUUUAGAGCAGUUUGCAAAUUUGCCAAUCAAAACAAAAUCACCAAGGCUGAUCGCAUUAAUCAUUUGGUUUCUCUAUUUUUGGCAAAGGCAGAACUAUCCUUCAAUCUUUCCCAAGUCCUUUCAGAAUAACUCUUAAUAUCAUUCCCUUAUUUCAAUGUUUACCACUUUGAGUUGCUCCAAACUUGCAUCAUUGGCUAUCGUUAUAAGAUUUUGAUGAAUGCCUUUGGUUUCUGCUUCAAUUGUUUGGAUGUGAUUUGUGAGGAGAUGAGAAAAAUGUACGAUAAUCAAGCCUUAAAAUAAACCUUAUAAGAAUAUUUGAAUGAUCAUUCUGAAUGGACUGAACAAACCAAAGAAAAUAUUAGUGAAUUUUUGAAUAUGUCGAAUAAGGCCUUUACCCAUGCUGAGAAUCAAAUCAUCAAACUCAUGAGGACCAACACUUAUCCACACAACAUCCAAAACUUCUAAAAACUCAUGUCCAUCAUUGAUAACACAGAGUUCAAAAUCUAUGGAAGAUGGUUCUAAUUCUUUUGGAAGUAGGAUUUAAGAAAAAUUUUGGUUUAUGACAAAUCCAAGCAAUACGAUGUCGGAUAUCUCAAAAUGUUGGUACUAAUCGAGAAGUUUUUGAAUAUUGAUACCGAAUUUCCUUUUGAGAAGUACAGUGAACAAGAUCCAUAGUAGAUUGUGCUCAACGAAAAUUUAACAAAACAACAGUUGGAAACCCUUGUGCAAUAGAGAAAAAAUGUUUGA